UGUGCCAUUACUAAUAGAGCCUUGUAAACAAUCGUUAAUCAUGUAAGUGCUGCCGGCCAAUGGGUUCGGAUCGCUAGUGGGAGAGAGACGGCUCUGCAGAGGCAACCAGGGGGACAGUCCCCCCGCUGCCCCCCCCCCGGACCAGAAGGGGAGCCCAUCCCCAAGGAAGAGAAGAGCAGCUCCAGAGCCCCAAGCAGCAUGUGGAGAGCUGCUGCCCGGCUCUCGCCAUCAUGUACGUGAGCUACCUAUUGGAUAAGGAGGUGCCCAUGUACUCCAGCUCCGUGCGCCACUCGGGGGGGCUCAACCUGGCGGCGCAGAACUUUGUCAGCGCCCCGCAAUACCCGGACUAUGGAGGAUACCAUGUGGCCGCGGCCGGGGUGAACCUGGACAGCGCCCAGUCCCCGGGCCCCUCGUGGCCCUCUCCCUACGGCGCUCCGCUGCGGGAUGACUGGAACGGCUACGGGCAGGGGGGCCCUGCCACUGCGGCAGGCAGCGCGGUGCACGGGCUGAACGGCGGCUCCCCCGCCGCGGCCCUGGCUUACAGCCCGGCUGACUAUCACCACCACCACCACCACCACCCGGGCCCGCCGCCCCACGCCGCCUCCGGGGUCAUGCAGCAGCUCAACCCGGGCGCCCCGGCCGCAGAACAGCUCUCCCCUGGCGGCCAGCGGCGGAAUCUGUGCGAGUGGAUGAGGAAGCCGACACAGCCCGCCCUGGGCGGCCAGGUUAAAACCAGGACAAAAGAUAAGUACCGCGUGGUGUACACGGACCACCAGCGGCUGGAACUGGAGAAGGAGUUUCAUUACAGCCGGUAUAUAACAAUCAGGAGGAAAGCAGAACUGGCUGCUACGCUGGGAUUGUCAGAGAGACAGGUAAAAAUCUGGUUCCAGAACAGGCGAGCGAAAGAAAGAAAGAUCAACAAGAAGAAAUUGCAGCAAUCUCAGCCCGGCGCGGUGCACAGCGGCUCGCAAGCGCUGAGCCCGGUCUCCUCCCUCCAGGGAUCAACGGGUCCUGGCCCAGCUGGGGGCGUCCUGGGAGCCGCUGGGGUCUUAGCGCCAUCAGUGACCCAGUGACCGCAGCCAGAGACUGAGUCGGGGGCGGGGGGGCUUCUGCCCUCCUCGGUGAACAGGAGCCCGACGUUCACAGAACCCACCGUGGAAAAGGUCACUGGUCACCCAAUGAAACGGACAGAGCCCAGGCUUUUCCCUCCGUGCACUACAAUGGCCGUAUUGAUCUUCCUCAACCACACUCCAGCCAUUUGCUCUUUGUACAAAGUGUACAGUGUGUCUGUUUCCGUGUGCGGGGAUAUUCAUGAUCUUUUGUGUUUUUACACUGGCGUUUGCAAUGCAGUAAAUACCAAUAUAGCCGAGAGCUGAACCGACAUAGCCUGUAAGUUCUCCAGCUCGGAAUCUCAGGGAUCGGUGUGCAGGUUUUCAUUACACAGGCUGGGCUAGCCACGUAAAAUGUAAAGCACAUUUGUCUUUCCCAACCAUAAACCUUCAAAAUGACCAUCUUGCCUUACAGCGCAGGGAAGGUAAGAUAAGACACUGCUUAAAUGUUCAGAAGGGAAUUGCUUCGUGUUAGCCACCUGUAAAAGAACUCAUAAAUCUGGUGCUGAUGGUCACCCGGCCCGGUUUAUUAGCGUUCUGCACUGCAGAGAAAUUUAGAGGCGAGCUCUCCAGCAGAAACUGCAACUAGCUACACUUGUAAGCGUGAGGAUCCCUGCGUGUGUGAUAUUCUUACCAAGGGGGUUGGGAUGAGAGAGUUGAGAAAUGCCCCCAGUGUAAUGUUCUGUUGUUAAAAUUAUGCGAUUUCUCUUCUCCUUAACCGAACAGCUUCAUACACACAGGAGCCUUCCUGGUUUCCCAGGCUUUAUCCAAGCUUUAUUAUAGGGUCGAAAAUGAAAAGAAAGACCCCAGGGGUGCCUCUGAGCCGCAGGAAGGGUCAACAAACUGCCUGGAGCACAGACAUUUGGGGGUUGGCACAUUUCAAUCUUUUUAUUAAAUGGGGUAGAAAGACCAAAAUAUGGAUUCUUUUCCCAGAUCUGGACGCAGAUAACAGCCGGGAAAAAAAAUCUCUGCAGUCUCUGGUCAAGCUUCAGUUUGGUUUUCACGGUUUUAUUGUAGUAUUACUCAACUCAUUAGCCAACAUCUGGAAAAUUAGUCUUUGAAACACACACAGACCAAGUCUUUCCAACCAGGUCGGAAACUCCAUGUACUCAUUGCACCUGCCAGCGGAUAGGGACAGCUAGCCAGUCUAUACUCAGCGGGGCAUUGGCAAUAUACUUUACCCGGGAUUUGCAGUUAACAGUGUGGCUAUGCGAGUGAAAUUGAUUUGACAUUUCAGACCUGUUAUUGCCCAUGGUAAUACAUGAGCUCCUGCCCCAACAGCUUUGGCCAAUAAACUUUGGCCAAAGACAGCAUUGGUGAGGAUUUGUUCAUGGUGCAAUUUUUAUUCCAUCAUCCCUUCUGGGAAUCUGGUCAAUACCAAUAGUCAAAGGGGGAAAUAGUCUAUUAAAUCCUUCCUGCUAUUUUUAUUUAUAACCUUUCUAUGCUGGAGCAGUUUUAAAUACACUGAUUGCCCCGUGUAAUUUUAGAAAGGCUAUUAAUAAAAUGGGUGGGGUUUUUUGCAGGGGAGGGAGGCUCUUUUAUUACCGAUCUUGUUUUUAACCACUGUUAGGGCUACGGCAGACGUCUGCUAAAAACGGAGAGGUUGUAUAAGUGUUUGUGUAGCUGCGGUGUCAUUCCACGCAGUGGGAGGUUGAAGAUGUGUUAGAAAUUAAGGGUCUUCCAAAGAGGGGAGUCUAGUGCUGCAUGCAGGCUCAUGCCCGAAGACGGAGAAGCUGACUUCAUGUGCCAAGCAUGUGAAAUCAACAUGGGGCUUCCCCCUGGGCUCUGCCGUGGUUUUAAAGCCCUAGUCUCUUUUGUUAGUUGCUUCCAAUAUAAUUUGAUGAGCAAAGGUUUGGUUUUUGGUUUUGGUUGUUUUUUUUUGUUUGUUGUCUCGGUUGCAGAAUUCGUGUCCUGGUGUAUUUUGAAAAGGCAGCAUUCACCGAACUCUGGCGGCUGACAGUGUGCGCCCGCGCAGAUGUAUACCAAUGAAUGUGUAGGAGUACUUGUGGCACCUUAGAGACU